UAUAUUAAAUAACUAUAUCACGAUAAUUGCUGCAAGAAUUGUUAAUGGUAGAAAACGCUUUGCUCGAAUAUAGCAAUAUCGUUUGAAAGAAGAGAAAUAUUUAUAACUGAAUAAAUUAUUUCUUGCUUAUUAAAGAUGAAAGUGUGAGAUUGGAUUUUAUACGUUAUUUCAGACGAAAAUAGAAAUAUAUCACAAACAACGCGUGUCACUUGUUUUUUUUUUAAAGCACACGUAACGUAACAUAAGCGCAGUUUUUCGCGAACGUUCGACGCAUUGGUUAUCACCUUUUCAAAUGUAAGAACCGUUUGCGAUUACGUGACCCAUAAACCGCUUAAGCAUGGCCACACACAUGUACUUACCUCCUUACUCCUUUCCUCGGAGUUCUCUCUUCCUUUGCUAAUAACACUAUAAUAUAGAAACUUCUAAGUUGUACAUCACCGCGAUAAUUCGUCAUUAUUAUAAUAACGAAAAGGAGAGCAAUUGUGUCUUUGAGUUAUUUGCGGCUGUAAUUCAUAUAAAGUCGCAAAUGAUAAUGUAAGUAUAUGUAUGCGACGAGCAAAUGCGCUCGCGAUAACAGAAACUAGCUAUUUGGCAUACCUAGUGGAUGUCGAUAAUACUUGUUAAUAGCAAAAAAGGUCAUUUUUUUAUCAGCUCUUAGAUAAGAAGUUUUUGUUUCGUCAAUAUAAGACAUCGUAUUAUCAUCGGUAGUGGAAAGAGAGAGGAAUAUCAUGUUUCUUAUUACAUUUUCAAAAAGCUUAAUAUUAUUCUUUAAUAUUAAACCGUUACAUAUAAAAAUGAAUUUUAAUGAUUUUAAGAAAGACAGAAGCAAAAGCAAAUUUUAGUCUCAAUGAAGAAAAACAUGUCGAUGCCGUGUACGUGACGAAAUAAUUUAUAGUUAUGAUGCAAAAUAUUUGUGUGAAAAAUUCACAAUAUGCAUCUAUGAUCCAAAAAUAUUAUACACGAGCUUAUUUUAUUCUUUUAUCCCAAUCUUUCAUUGUGUAAAAUGUAUGUUAGCUAAGAACAGAAGAUAAGAAGGUAACAUGUUCUUUUACACUUUAUUACGUAUCUUGGAUCAACAAAGGAUCGGUCUCACUCGGUGGAAUGCGUCAUGAAAUUUCUCUGAGAGAAUCUCAUACAACUUGUUCUUUCAGAUAAAUCAACAAGUUCCUUCUCUUUAAAUCUUUCUUUCUUUCUUUGUGUUAUAUUAACGCAGACAAUAAAAGAAAAGUAAACAAUGAAGUAAAUUUUAUUACUUGUUUUAACUUAUCGUGAAGAAAAUGCUACCGUCAUAUGCAUCUUUUAUUAUUAUUUUUGUAUUUCUUUAAAUCUUUUAAUAAGUGACAAUUCAUUAAAAGCACGAAACACGAAGGUGCAUCAGUUUCUUAAUUUAUUCAAAUUACGAAGACAAAAUGAAUUGCAAAAAAAAUAGAAGGAUGCGAUGACUCAUCGUCUAUGUGCUGUUACGUACACGCAAGUGCAGCGGUUUAACAGUCCUUGAAGUCCAUCGAAACUGCAUGUGGAAAAAUUUUAAAAAUAAUAUAAGGACAAGGUAUAUAAUACAAUAUAAUAAUAUAUGUAAAAUCAUUAUAAGAAGAGUUUUAUCAUUUAAUGUUUUGAUUAUCUGUGUUCAACUGUAAUACUGAAAAGACAUGUUUCGAAUAAAAUAAACGAUACAUGCAGUAUUCAAAUUAAUAAUAUAAUAAUAAUAAUAAUAUUCAAAUUAAUACAAUAACAAUCCUGUUACUUUUCAAACACAUCGUAUGUAACAACACAUGAGUAACAAUACAACAGCCUAUAAUGAUAUAUAAAAUACAGUUAUUGCUGUUAAAAACGCGCCGCGAAUUAGAAAAUCCUAUUUUGUUAGAUGAUAAUGACAAAGUAUUAUAUAUUGUAUAUAUGAUUGAUUAAUUGAUUCAAAAAGUAAGCUACAUGUACGAAUCCUAUGAUACAUUACUCUUCAUAACUUGGUUCAACCGAUCGAUCUCGAUUAGUAUUCACGUACCACCCCGCAGUUUCAUUGUUGCCGAUAACACUCUAAAGUACAGUAUGAUAAGCGAUACGAUUGGGGUUGCUCAGUUUUCAGCACGAUAGUGACUAUGGCUACUCUUUCAAUCGGGUAGCUAUAAAUACAGCUUGCACGAGGAGUUAACCAAGUACCAUUUGUGCGAUAAAGCUCGGCAGAAAGACUUUCGCGUUUGAGGGAAGGUUAGUGCGAUAUAUUUCUGUUGUUGUUAUUAUUAUUCAUUAAUGAUCAUUCCUUAUCAUUCGUCAUUUUAACUUUUCGUUGUUCGAGGCAAUCAAAACUCAUUUUUAACAUGCCUACUCGCUAGAGCUUAUUCAUUCUUGCUCUCGAAACGAAAUGAAAAAUAAGUCUCCUGCGGUCUCUGUAAAAAAACCGAUUUUGCUGUAACGAUUACCACGGCGCUCUCGGUAAUGUUUUCCUAUUUCCUUCAGCUGUGCCCGCAGCACCGGGCUUACUAUACGGGCCGAUAAAAAAUGUCCUGUCGGCGACUGCGUCAAUAAUAGCGACACGUAUCGUACAUUCGUACGCGAUCACGCUGUGACGGAAAAAGUCGUAUCGAUAUCAGUUUGGCUGUGUUAUGGAAGGCUGCUCUUCCACCUCGCGAUGCAGACGACGCGUCUCGUCGAUAAAAUAAAGGAUAAUUCAAUUUCCAAUGUCUAUUAUACGCGCGCAUCCUCAAAAUGCAUUCGUUUCACGUCGUUCGCUGAAAUUUCAUCGGCUGUUGAAACACUGCUGUAACGCCAGGCCAGUUUCCCAGCGCGAACGUGUUGGCCGAUCGAAGUACAAUACAAAUCGCAAAGCGUUCUGGAAGCGUUUCGAUCGCACGACACGUUGUGUCAGGGAUCCAAGUAAAGCCUCCGCUACAAUGAUUUUCAGUCGCAUCUACAAUGAUCGUACCGAUGAUCGCAAAAUAGUCGUAGUCGCUGGAAUAGGCCGAUCAUCGAUAAAGAAAUGCGACCUAACGAAUGAUUCCGCGACUUCGUUGUAGCAGAGGCUGAAAGUGCUCCGAUAUAAAAUCGCGUACGCAUCCUCGCAUAGAUGAUAGUCGUCUUCGUGGCGUGCAUCGCCUGGCGUCGCCCCCACUUGCCCUCCUCCUCUUCCUUCACCUUCUCUCUGGCUUCGUAGGAUUACCCGCUAGUUGGUGGAAGGUAGACCCGUGGAAACGCACAGUCGUUCGUCAGCGAGCGCGCGUCGCACAUUACGCAGCUCGCAACCGUACGCGGAUAACUACCGUCUCGUCUCUUCUGAAAAUGACCUCGAGGAUCGACCUCGCGAAUUGCUCGAAACGUUACGUUUCAUCGGUGUUUCGCGGGUUUCUUCGAACGAGGAAGCAGAUCAAGAAACUGCACGCGAGAUAGACGAUAAUUCAUAAUUUCCAAAACAGUACAAAUCACGUCGAUGAAACUGAAAGGGUCUUUUGGGAUCCAUGUAUCAACAACCGAAAUGCAAAAAAUCAGAAUCAUGUACGUCAGCUGCAGGAGCAAUUGGCUCAAGCCACCGUGAAAAUACGCGAAUUAGAGUACGAAUUGAAAUGCGUGCAAAAGGUAAACAACACGUCUUUGAAGGAUGACAUCCCUGAAGGACAUCAAAAGGCUGAGGUUUUACGAGCGAAACAGGAUAUGAUGAACCGUAUAAUACAAAUGGAAGAAAAGACUCGAGAGGCGGAACGAAACGCUAGACAUAUCCAAUUGGACGAAGCUACUCUUACCAAUGAUUUUCGUUCUGUAAUAUCGAAAUUAAAUUCACGCGAAAAAUUUGAUUUAAUUAAUGGGGCGUUAAAAGCUUUACAAAUCGAAAACGAGACAUUUGACAAAGUUAAGGAUUGUAAAAUGUCCAGCGAGGAAUUGAAGAAAGUUGGUGAUGUCGAAUAUAAUCCCUUAGUUCUAAAACAUCACUUUGAUGCAAAUUUGCAACAAAGCAAGCCGCACGAUACUGCCCAGGAAUUUUCGAUUAACAAGGAGGAAACGCGAAAUUUGCGUAAAAGAAUAGAAGAGCUUGGGAAUGAAAAUAAAGAUCUUCUCAACGCUAUGGAAAAGUUGGACGAGGAACAUACGCAAUCAAUUGAAAAACUUUUGUCGCUCAGAGAAGAGACUACUAAAAAACAUCAUUCCCUACAAAAUGCAUACGAUCAACUUUCUUUAGAGUAUAACGAAGCCCAGAGAAGAGUAACUGAAUUGCAAAAUAACGAGUCAAAACUUGAUAAAAAUGCCUGUAUAGAAACGAGUUAUCAGUCUGUCCAAACUGAUGAUACUGGUAAAUUAGACAGGCACACAGAAAUGGUUGCCUCUCAACAACAAGGUGACGCGAUAUCAAAAACAAGCGUUCUCGAUGAUAUUACGCAGAAAGUCAAGACGAUUUUGAGAAAUUAUACCAUAAGGAGCGUCGAAGCGGAAGAAUCGAUCUUCGAGACCAUCGCAAAGCAAUAUGUCGACGCGAGAUGGAAAUUGGACAUUUUAGAACGGAAAGUAACUGAGGUCACGAGAGAGUUAAAGGAAACCGAAGAGAUAAAGGAUGGCUUACAGAUGGAAUGCGAAGAACUACAGUCUCAUAUCGAUUCAUAUCGAGUGCUGUUAGAAAAUCAAGCUUUAAUCAAGUCAAGUUUGCCAUGUAUCCCCGAAGCGAGUGAAGAACGAGUAGCCUCUUUAGAAACGGAUAUAGAAUCUUUACGCGAAGAAGUAAAACGUCUCUUAGUUGAAAACAAAACGAUACAAGAAAUGAAUUCAACCUUGAUGAACGUUGCGCGAAGCAAGAAGGAGUCAGCGAAUCAAUUGCAAGAAGACAUAAAUCGCAAAGUACACUCAUCUGUAGAAGAAGACAAGAAGUGUUUGGUGCCUUUAAAGGAAGAGAAUAGCUUGAAUGAAGACAUAACAGCGACCGAACAAUUGAAAUUCGAUUAUGAAAAUGUAAAACGAGAAUUGAGCCUGUCGAUGUCUAAUAUAAAAUUGUUAGAAAAUAAUCUCGCAUCUUUGGAGGACACCGUAGAUAGAUUAACACAAGAGAAUAAUAAUUUGUUACAGACGAAUAGACACUUGGAUACGCAAUUGUGUGACAAAACUUCGCAAGAACAUGGCCUACAAGAAAAAAACGAUUGUCUGCUGGAUGACUUGCGGAAACAGCUUGAUGCAGCUAAUCGCGAAAACACCGAUCUGCAGAAUGAUAUUUUAUAUAAAGAAAAAGAAUUAGACGGAAUGGGGAUUCAGAUUGACAUUAAACAGUCUCAAGUGGCAAAAUUGAAUCAAGAUAAUGAUAGAUUAAUCAAAGAAAAUAUAUCUCUGUCGGAGCAAUUAACUGCUACGCACGAUGAGUCGCUUGAUAAGAUUGAAUUGUUGAAUACGGAAAUGGAAUUACUUCAACAGGAACAUGAAGAUUUAAAACAGGAAACAUCGAGUUACAAGGAAGAAUUGGUUCGAAUGAAGGAGAGAUUGCACGAAGCGCAGGAAAGUAACACAAAAUUGGAAAAUGAAUAUCAUACAUUAAGGACAAAAUGCGACCAGCAUGAAACAGGGGAAACAGAACUUCAAAGUCAGGUGUCGAAAACGGAAAAACUUGAAAAUGAACUAAGUCACAAAAAAUCGAUUAUGGAAGAGAUAGAUUUGUUACGAAACAAAUGUAAGGUUUUAGAACAAGAAAUAGAAGUUUUGCGUGCUAAGAAAACACAGAAAUUUCAAGAAGAUGCGACCAAGGUAAUAUCCGCAAACACAGAUAAAACUAAAGAAGAGGAGCUUGCGACCACUACAAAUGAUUCAGUCAGAAUAGAAGACAAUACGAUGGAGCAUAUAAAAACGGAGAGCCAAAAUCUAGAAGACAUGAACAUAAUAUUUAAUGAAAGAGAACGAAAGUUUGUAUCGAUCAUUGACGAGGAGAGACGAGAGAAAGACAUCGUGAAAGCACACAAUGAGAAAUUAAUGCAUGAAAUUACUGAACUACAUAACAAAUGUCAAAUUGCUUCUGAAAACAGGAAAGAAUCAGCAGAAAUGGCUAAGCAAAUCAUUGAGGAUCUCUCCCAUCUUGUACGAGAAAAAGACGAAGAAAUUAACGUUCUGCAAGCUGAAAUUACUCGCAUGAAGGACACCGUCACGCAAAUAUCCAAUGAACUUAUAAUAGUUAAAAAUCAGAAGGAACAGCAUGAACAGCUUAUUUCAGUUAAACACAAUGAAGGUUUGCAUUAUCAGAAUGAAAUCCAGAGAUUGAUUCAACAUAUAAACGAACAAGCGGUACGCAUCCAAGAAUUAGCUUCCAAGCAAACAACGAAUGAGACACGGGAGGAACAGCAUUUAAAGAAGGACAGAGAUAGUUGUAAUGAAACCAUUGACCAAUCUAGACAGAACGCUGAAAUAACGAUUCUGCGUGAAAAAUGCGACGCACUAGAAACUGCUUUGAUACAAGAACAGUCUAAUAAUCGAAUUUUACAAAAUCAGCUUAUCGAGAGUCAAAACAAGGAAGCCAAUUCUGCGAAAGAAUUGGAACGCCUAAGGACACACCUGGUCGAAAUGGAAUCGAGCUAUACGGAGGAAGCUCUGAUCGCCGAAACGAGCCGUCAAGAAUUAGAAGCGAGAUUAUUGCAGGCUGAGGAAAAAGUAAAGAGUAGCUCGACCGCUUUCACGUCGGCGAGUAUUAGGGCGAAUCAGCAAGUGGAAACGUUGCAGCAACAAAUAGCUCUAAUUACUCAACAAAGAGAUCACAUACAGGCGAAAUUAUCCAAUACAGAAGAUAAGAUUCUACAGCAGUCUGCCUCGUUAACUAAUUUACAAGUAGUUUUGGAACAGUUUCAACAAGAUAAAGAACGUGACAUUAUAUUAGCUACGGAAAAGAUUCAAUCUCAACUCAAUGAAUCACAUAAAAAGCAAAACGAGUUUUUAAUUGAAAUUUCCAUUCUUAAGCAACAAUUAUCUGAAGCUAAGGAAUGCUUGCAAGCUGCAUCUAGGCUAAGUGAGCAACUUGAGAAGAAGGAUGAACAAAUUGUGCGACUUAACGAAGAAGUUGCGCAAUUGGCGACAUCGUUUAAUUUUGCUGAUCAAAAAAUGAAAGAGGUGAUGGAACGCGAUGAGACAAAAGUUGAUAAGAUCCUUAUUAAAAAUCUUCUUUUGGGUUACUUGUCUUCGACUACAUCGGACAAAUCUUCAAUUCUCAGGGUUUUCGCCAAUGUCUUAGACUUUACUGAAUCAGAAAAAGACAAGACUGGUUUGAACGGCAUGAUGGCGCAAUCCUCACGCGUUGGCAAAAAUAGCACUGCAUCAUUAAAGGAGGACGAGCCAUCUCUAUCGACGGCCUUUGUCAGGUUUCUAGAAAGUGAAUCCAAGCCUAAGCCUCAAUUACCAGCUUUGCCGAUUGUGAAUUCAACUUCGUCACGACCGGGACAUAACAAGCAAUCGACAUCAUCAUCGUCGUCGUCAUCGUCGACGCAACCCACAUUACUGUUGUCUAAUGUUGCUCUUCCAACAUUCCCAGAUUUUGUUCCAGCUAGAAAUACGGGAUCUAUUUUGAAGGAAGUGUUAAAAGAUAGUUGA